AUGGCAAGCGCAGCAGCACAGAUUAUCCUCCAUCCCACCGUUUCUCAGGGCUUGAAGUUUGGUGCAACAACUCUUGGUCGCGACAAGACUUACAGGGCUAUCCAAUAUUUUGCACGCUUCUACGCCUGGUAUCUUGCUGCCAAAGGAAACAAGCUCGACUCCGCACGAUGGGCCGCUCUUAAAGGGCAUCUGGGAACUGCUAGAAAGCUUAUGCGACUUGGGAAGCCGUUGGAACAUUUGCAAGCCGCCCUUCGUGCUACAUUUUCCGCAGGUCCGGUGGAGGAGACUCUUACCACAAUUGCCAGACAAAUUGGAUACUUCGGAUACCUUUCUUACGAUGCUAUCGUCUGGGCCAACUCGAUUAAAUUUAUCACGCUGGACCCGGCAACGGCCAAGAAAGUGGCGAAAAGAGCCUUCCAAUUCUGGUUCGCAGGCAUUGCGUUCAGUCUUGUGCAUGGUGUUCUCAAGGCUGCGCGACUAGCCAAGGAAGCUAAGUCGCUUCGCGAAAGUGAAGUUUAUGGUGAAAAAGACCUCUCUGUUGAAGCGGCCAGGGAAACCAGGCAAAGUGCCAUCAAUGCCGCUCGUAAAAGCAAUCGCCAACAAAUGCUCAUCGAUAUCCUGGAUAUUUCGAUACCAGCCACUGGAGCUGAACUUGUCAAUGUCAAUGAAGGAACACUGGGCAUUCUUGGUUUGGUUUCUUCGAUUCUUGGAGCUAAGGCCCAAUGGGAAGCAGUCAAUGGGAAAAAGUAA